UCAGGGAGGUUUGAAUGCAUGUGUUGUGACUUGAAGCUGAGGGUGUGUUGGGCCUGCUGCUCUGUGGCAUGUUUAAGCCUGUACAUUUGAUUGUAUGGCUAUGCUACAGCUGCUGAAGUUGUUUUGGUCGGUCGAGCAUUGAGCUGUAUAGGGGCUGUAGUUUCUUAAAAUAAUCAGGGUGUUGCCUGAAAGUGUGACUGAAGAGGAAAGACUUCAAAGAAAAAGCAAAAAAAAGAGGAAACUUUGUAAUGUAAUGCACCAUUCCCCGUGGGACCAUAUCACUACUCAGCAGCUAACUUACUGCAGAAGGCGUUUUUGUUGUUCAUUCAUUUUCUUUGCUACAACUAAGAGGGUGUCGACCAAAACCAAAGCCCCAUCCCCGCCAGGACUGAAGACGGUGGAUUGUCCAGGCUUCUCUCAGUGGCGCCCGGGAAACCCUCAUUUAACCAUGGACCAGAAAGAGAACAUGAUGGAUAAAGAGCUAUCUCUAACUGUAGUUUUGCCCGAUGGUUUGGAAAAGAAGACCCAAGUCGAAGGAAGCAAAGCCCUGAUGGAUCUGUUGGUAACCCUUUGCGCAACCUAUCACCUGAAUCCAUCGAGCCACACUUUAGAAUUGGUCACUGCCAACAGAAACAGUGUUAAGCUUAAACCCAAUGCUCGUAUAGGAAGUUUGGGUGCAGAAAAGAUCAUACUGAAACCAAAGGGAGAUGAUAAAAAUAAAAAGGCUGGUCCACCGAUGCCAGAGGCAACUGUUCGGAUGGUGAUAAACUUCAAAAAGAGCCAGAAGACUGUAUUACGAGUGAAUCCUCGAGUUCCUCUCCGUGACCUGUUACCAGCAAUAUGUGAGAAAUGUGAAUUCACCACAGAAACUACAAUUCUGCUGAGAGAUGUUACAUCAUCCACCCCUUUAGACUUGUCUGGGUCUCUAAAUGAUCACGAAAUAAGGGAAGUUUACGCAAAAGACACAAAAGGACAACUUGCUUCACCUAUAUCUUCAAGCUCACCAGUCUCUGCUGGAGCAGUGAUCUCAGGCGAAGAAAAAAAUCAGAAGGAAAAGGAAAAUAAAGGCCUCUUCAGCAAAUUUAGAAAAAGUAGAAAGAAAUCAGAGCCAACGACAGCCAGUGCCCCAGCUUCUCCUGUGCUUGUCAGCAAGCCCCGACCACUCAGCAUGGCCUUACCCUGCUCAAAUUCAUCCCCAGUUGGGUCUCCUACAUUCUCCAAUGUGUCUAAGAAGCGACGUGCGCCUCAACCACCGGUCCUCAUGUCUCAGAGCAUUCAGUCAGACUUUACUGCUCGCCAGAGAAUCAACUCUGAGUCCAACACCCAACUUGAUGGGAUUCAGAGCAGUCCUGUAAGUCUUGGAUCCUCAGCAGAAUCGUCACUAAAGAGGACCAAACGCAAGGCUCCUCCACCUCCAACAUCUCCGAGUCCUGUUGUCCAAAAAACUCAGUCAGAAGAGGAACAUUUACAAGAAACUUCAGCUUCUACCAAACUACAGGAGAUCAUGGAGCAGGAGGAGGCUGCUGGGUCUGUAAUUUCCUCAGCCUCUACUAAUACUCAGGGGCAGAAUAGCAGCCUUUCCGUGUCCCCAGAAUCCUCAAUCCACUCACCGUCUCCAGAUGCUGUGAGUGGGAGUACAUUGGAGGCUGGUGGGGAAGAUCAGUGUCUUGAUCUAUCCUCAGAUGGCAAAAGAGUGGACAGCUUUAUAAAUGAUUGCACAGCAGAGGGUAUUAAGAAAAUUGAUGGCUCAAACCCAUUUGAACCCAUUAUCACUGAAAGCACAGCCGUUCAGGCAGAUGAGGUUUACCCACAGCCUGUUCCUGAAGAGACUAAAGUUAACAGUAGUGAAAGGGGCCCACUUCCGCCUGUGAAAAAGGAUGCGGAAGUUCAGGCCUCCAGUGAUGAACUUGCAGAACCCCCAAGAGAAUUGCCAGAUGGGUCGGCAAGUUCAGUGACCACCAAUGAACCGUGUCCAGCAGGAGAAGAAUCUCUACUGCAAACAGAUUCUUUAGGACCCUCUGUCCCUGCACAGCAACAUGUUGACAAAGUUUCCUUAUCAGCAGAUUUAGUCGCCUUAGGGUCUACAGAGAAAAAAGAUAUGGCCACUUCAACAGACGAGCUGCAACCCCCUAAGCCUGAACUUGCCUCAGUCAACACUUCAUCACCCUCACCGAGCCAAGACUCAAAGCCAAGCACGGUGGCUCCAAAGAAAGCACCAUCUAUGCAUGUAGCAGACCCUGAGUUAAAGCCAAAGCCUUCAAACGAACUCACGAGAGACUAUAUCCCUAAAGUCGGGAUGACAACCUACACAAUUGUGCCUCAAAAAUCUCUUGAGAAACUCAGAUACUUUGAAGUUGCACUGACACUGGAGGCGCCUCCAGAAGCACCGGGAGAGGAAGUUACCUCUGGUUCUCCUGGUUUGAAAGAGGACCAGGGACAGAUGGAAGUCUUAAAAGAAAAAACUGAGCUAAAUUGUAACCUACCCAGGGAUGACUCACUGUCUAGUACAGUUAAUACCAAUACUACUACUCUUAGUACUACUACAAUGCAACACACUGUAAAUGGAGGCAUACCUGAACCACCUCCUCUCCCACCACCUAUGACUGCACAGAGCGCAGACAAGAUCUCCUCCUCUGCUAAUGAUGUGCUCCAAGCAGGUUCACCAGCAGAUGUUAAGGAGAUAAAAAUUCCACCCGCAACUAGACCUAAGCCUGCUUCUUUCCGCUUGGGACAGCACAAAAAAACACCUGGUUAUUAUGUAACUUCAGCUGCUGAGAAAAGUCUAAGUGCCAGUCCUGUCUCUGGCCCCAAGGAGACUCAAGGGUGUCCAGAUAGAACAGCACUGCCUUCUCCUCCCCCUCCCCCUUUAUCUCCGACACAGCUUCAAGAGGAGACGAUAGAGGUCGCUGGUGUUCAACUAAGUCCCAAACAGGACAGCAAAAAUGUGACCCCGAUGCAAAUCACAAGGCAAAGCAGUUUGCCAUCCAGAGAGCCAGGUUCUAGGUUAAGCUUGGAAAAAUUUAGGAGCUUUGCAGCUCCUAGACCUUUUUCCCCUUCACCAUCCCGCUUUGCCCAGGCUGUGUCCUCAGCUGUGAAAAGAAGCCAAUCUCUGUCCCACAGAUCAAAAUCGCCUCCCUCCUCAGUGCCAUCGCCUGUUUCUCCAGUUACAAAUCCCUCAUCAGUCAUCCAGUCAAAAGAUUUAUCUGAACUGAAGCAUGCUGAGGAGGAUACUGAGAAGGCAAAAGAAACUGGACUGUAGUAGCAAAGUAAUUCCUCUGACAGUUUAUUCUUCCAUAGGGAGCUCAUCUUGCGGUCUUUUAUUAUUUUUUUUUCCUGGAGCCAUCAUCUCUGGUGUCAAAGAAGCUGUCCCCUGAGAAACCUUUCAUGCUCUUUGCUGGGCUUCAUAAAAAAUUUGAGUUUUUUAAAGGAUACUUUAUCACAUUCUUAUACUUUUUGUUGGAUUCUUUUAUGUUACACAUUUUAUGCAUUACUGCAAAGAACUGUGAUCAGUGAUGGUAAAUAAUAAUCCUGUAAAUUAUUAGUGAUUCCCAGAGCGGUAAUAUUAUUGGAUAUAUUAAUUAAAAAAGUGGAUUAUCUAAAUAGUACUGGAUUGUAGGACAGAUCAGGUCUGAUUUUCAGUUGAAUGUUUCCAUAUUUAAGUUUUAGAGUUUCCUUUAGAGUGGAUGCAGAACAGCACUGAUGUGUACACUUGUUCUUGUUUG